UCACGAAUGCAUCAUCAAUCCUGCACUUUGUGUUGCUUGUGAAUAGCUAAUGGCCCAAUAUCGUUACCGUGGAAGGCGGUGGGAUACCCGUUAGCAACGGGCCUACAGCACUUGCAAGUAACGGGUGUUACAGUCUCAGUCGUAUCACUGAGGUCACGGAGUAUUACACUCACACAAGACAGUUGAGAGGUAAUUGGUCGGGCAAAGGGUGCCACGUGAAGGAGCAAACAAGGCAGAAAAUGCACACAGUGUGGACGAAAGCAUGAAAAGGGACGCGGCUAUUGCGGCCAAGCGGCCACCGCGUGCUCGGCCGCUUGCAACCAUCUUCUGCUACUAUCACCUUGUCCAACCCCAUGUCUACUCCAAAUUGACUUGUAGGGAGGCUAGGGUAAUGCACACCAAGUUGACGCAAUGGUAGUGUGUUCUUGCUUCCACGUGCUUGCUUCGCUAUGAUGCUCAACGCUGUCUUCUACGCACGCUUCCACCCCGAGCGAGGACCGUGUGUCGUUCACCAGCAGCCGGCCGACAGCAUUGUAACGGCUGAUAUUUCGAAGCGGACACUCAUCAGCUUUAGUGACAUAUCUGCCUACAUCAUUCCGCCGUACGGGUUGUGUAACCGCUCCCUGUCCAUCUCUACGAACGGAUACCGUGUGCUAGGCUUCCCAAUCAGCUUGGAAGAUUUCAAAUAUGAGCGGAACAGAUUCACCUUCAGUAUUUGCUUCGUGCUACGAGAAGAUACUGACGUACGGCUUUGGACAUCAGUCGUUGCGAAGACAGCGGCUUUCUUCAGAUCGAUGGAGGAAGAAGACGGCUUGCUUCAAGCGGAAGAGAGACUGUCCAAUCUUAUAUGGGCUGGCGACAAAGGCUACCCUGCCCCUAACGUUGGUGUAGUAUACUCACUCUUAGAAGAUCUUAUCGAAGAUCUGAAUGCAUAUGCAGAGACCUGCAUUCGCAUCAACGACGUUCAUGUUCUCAACCUGCGCCUUACCAAACCGCACCCGGCGGUUGCAGAUGUCAAAUCAUGGGAUGUACCCCUACUAGUCCGACCGCUUCCAGACCAAAAGCACUGGACAUGGGACCUCACUUUAGCUCGCAUUCUUCCGCACGUCGAUGGUAUCAAGCACAUUCAACGGAUCGCAGAUAUCCUGGAUGUCGAGCUGAAGCUGGUCAAGCGCGCAGUCAAAAAUCUCAUAUACCACGAACGCGCCAUGCUACUGGACAUCUUCCACUUUCAAGCCAUUUACAUGCCGACAGCCAAUUUCGCCCGGUUUGUGCAGGAUGAGGAGAUGCUUGAAGAGUGCCGUAUGUAUGUGAACAUUGACUCUCCUGUGGCCGGGCACAUGAGCUCUGUGCCAACGCCCGAGACUCAAGAUCAUGCGAAGAAUGCACUCAUCAGCCUCUACACAUCCUUACUCCCCGGCUUAACCCUGCAAAACUUCGUCCUGGCUAAUGAGCACGAGUUGGCUACCAUUGACAUUCGCCGCUUUAUCACCUUUGGCGUGAUCCAAGGCUUCCUCCGCCGGAUACACAAGUAUGCUCUUGCCUUCGACUCAACCUCACCGUCUACGCAAAUGCUCGGCACGACAGAGUCUUCACCCAGCAAAAGCAAGCCAAGAUCGAAUGAAGAUGCGCUUCGCGACUUCGAAAGGGCGUGGAAGAACGCUGCGCUCAGCAGCGGUUGGUCCACGCCUCCCAUGAAGCCUCCCUCACUAGCAAUCGGGUCGGCUCACAGCGAGCGAAGCCAAGAAGAAAGGUGCAGUGAAGAGGAUGAACGCUUGAGAUGGUAUAUCGACGGCACGCAUUGCCUGGAUGAGGUUUGUAUGGCCAUGAAGAUGUCACAAACUAAGCUUGUUGAGAGACUUCGGGGAGGAAACUUCGGCGAGGUCAUCUUUGUGAACAAGUGACGGUGAAUUUUAGGCACCGUGAGACUUUGGCUGUUGCAGC